GUUCUGUAGUGGGAGAGAGAGGGGGCACACUGGGGAGAGAGAGGUUUGAAAUGCCUUGUAGCUGGUUCACGCAUAUUUGCCAGCAUAGCAGGAGAGGCAGAGAGAGACAGAGAGAGAGAGAGAGAGUUGGCACAAGAGUAGGAAAGAGAGGGAGAGAGUUCAGUGUGUGUGUCUCCUGGGGAGAAGCACACAGCCAAUAUCCAGGUCUCCAGUAAACAUCUAUGAGCCUCCUCUAUAAAGCUGCUGUGCUACUGCAUGGACCCUUGGAGCAAAAAUAUCAACUUCAAUUCCAGUUGAAUUAUCAGUCUAGCAGAGGGCAAACAGCUGAGCUCCAGUAGCUGGUUGCAGCUUGCCAGGAGUCUGAGUCUUUAGAUGCUGAAAGAGUCGAGACAAAGUGAGCAGAGAUCAACCAACUGAAAAUGACAGCUGCAGCAGCUCAGGAACUUGACGAGCGAUGUUUCCUGUCGGCGCAGUCCCUUCCUACAUUAAAGGUAUACGAGCACUUCCAGGUGGUAAAGCUCCUGGGAGAGGGAACCUAUGGAAAGGUCAUGUUAGCCGUACACAGAAAGCGGGGAACCCCGAUGGCUCUGAAGUUCUUCCCUCGUCAGUCAACCUCGCUCACCUCCUUUCUGCGUGAAUACAAUCUGUCCCUUUCUUACUGCACACAUCCUUCUCUGACAAAAGCUCUUGGCAUCUUCUUUUCCACGCCGUCCUACUAUGUCUUUGCCCAGCAAGCCGGUUUAUAUGGCGACCUCUACAGUGUGAUAGUGUCUGAGGUCGGGGUGGAUGAAGAGUGUGUCCAGAGGGUGAUGGCCCAGCUGAGCGGUGCUGUCACACAUCUCCACUCCCUGGGCUUCGUUCAUCGUGACAUCAAACCUGAGAACAUCUUCCUGUGUGACAGCGCCUGUCGCUGGGUCAAACUGGGCGACUUUGGCCUCACCCGGGCCAUCGGCUCCACCGUUCGUGCCGUCUGGUACGAAUCUCCCUUCUGCACUCCUGAGGUGGAGGCCGGCAAGAAGGCUCAGAAGGACUGGGACGGGACUGAGGAGGGGAUAGAGGACAUCUGGAUAACAGUGAAGCCCAGUAUUGACAGCUGGGCCCUCGGUGUACUCAUCUACUGCCUCUUAACUGGCUGCUUCCCCUGGGAGGAGAGCACCCAUGACGACCGCGGCUACCGCAGGUUCAAGGAGUGGUUCGACCGUGAGGAGAAGAAGAAGGAUGGUGAGUGGAGAGGUGAGGAGGACAGUUACACAAUCAUGAGGGAGAACCAAAGGGACAACCCUCCGCCCUCACAGUUUGAGGGCCUCAGCCCGUUGGUGAUGACUCUUUUCAAGGAGCUGCUCCACCCGGAGCCCAAACACAGAGGGAGCCCCGAGGAGAUCCUGAGCUACCUGGGAGGACCGUGGCUGACAGAGACAGAGAUCGAGGAGAAGAGGAAGGCGGAGGAGGCGGAGAAGGAGGCCAGAAAAAUAAGAGAGGGAGGAGGUGUAGAAGAAGAGCUGGUGAGGGAGGGAAGAGGGGAGAGAUAAGCUCUGACUUUAUAAAACCGUUUCAUUUAAUGAAUGUAACAUGUUUGUAAAACAUUGCUGCAAAGUAUUUUGUGUAUGAUUAUAGAUUUAAAUCUAAUACAAACAUAUGUUAUAUAAGGUGCUAUAUUUUCGUAUUUUUAUAAAUAUCAUUACUACAGUUAACACUUCUAUUGUUGUAUAUUUUCCAGUGUGUUUAUACUGUAUAUGUAUAUGUAUGAAAGAAAAGAGUUUAUAGAUAAUACAAGGAAUGUGUGAUGUUUGAAUCUACAAGCUGUGUUACAGUGCCUUUAAAAAUCUACAUGGGAAUUGUUGUCCAUAU